AUGUCCUCCUGGGCAGCACGGAACCCAACACGAGCGAUUAUCCGCCCUCGGACACCACCACCUCGACUAACAGAUGCCCAGAAGGCGUCUCGAAAGAUCAAGCGGGACCAGAGGCUAGAGAGAACGAAGCACUUACACGACGCAGUUGCUGAAUACUUAGAUGCACAGAAAACGAAGAUCGAAGCGCUCUCGCGGGCUCAUCAUGUUACUCCCAAGCACAUCAACGAUAUCAUCGGCAGUCAGACUCAUUAUCGAACCUCGCGCAAGAGUCAAUUAAUCAAUGCACUUGUUCACGCCAAGGCGAAAGAGAUGAACGCAGGCGCUCGGUACUCGUUGGCGGAACUCCGCCAGAUGGUUGCGUCCGACCCUGAAACAAAAGCCCUUACCAGGGAAGAAAAGGAACGCUACAUCGCAGCUCUCGAGGAGCAUCGUGAAAAAAAGGUCAUUAGUGUUCGGGCGAACAAUCUGGCGGCUGCACGAGAUGUUGUAGCCACAACGGAUAGGAUCGUCAAAGAGCUGGAUGAUCUGCGAGUUCGGACUGGUGUCUAUGGCACACUAUUUGUUGUCCGCGGUCACAUUAACGAUAGCAUUCAAAGCGCUAUGCACGGCACGGAUAACUCUGAAGACUUUUGGGAGGAUGUGUACGAGCAUCCUAUGGCUGACUUUCUUAGGCAAUACGAACAAUGGGCAUGCACCCAGAAUCAAAGUAAGUCCUUCGUCUCUUCACAUAGUUUGUGUACUUAUGCAUCGUCCGUUGCUGUGACCGGCAAAAAAGAUAUUGUGAUGAACUACCACAACUAUGAAACAUCCGUCAUCGAAACGUAUGGGGUGCGCCUUGUGGGCUGGCCCAACGGUGUCAAGUUCACUAGCCCUUCGAACAUCGGGACCGUCGGCGACAUUCGCAAGCUCCGGGAUGCCCUCAAGGCACGUACGUGCUACUGGACAGUUCUAUCACCGGCAGAGCUCAAAGCUCACGCGUCUGAACUCGACACGCGACGUUCAGCCGGGGAAGUCGUUCGGAAGCCACGAAAAAAGCGUUCGGAUGCUGGCGUACCUCGCAAGCGUAAAGACGGGUCCAGCGCAGGACGGGUAAACAAGGAGAAUAUCAGGCCUUCGAAGAGAGCAAAGAAGAACUCUACCCAGCUGCAGGAAGGUCCCAAAAGCGCUGAGUUUGUAGAGUCUUCUGACGAAGAGGAGGAGGGGCAUGAGUAG